GGGACUUCUCAGAAGUGAGGCUGAGACCCGCGCGGAUCAGCUGUGACCCCUACGAGUAAAUUUGAGGUGGUUCCACAAUUUUUUUUGUCUCUUCCGAGGUUUGAAAGGACUUAAAACACAUUUCACUAGAGUUUGGUGUUAAAAGGAAACCAAUUCAAGAAAUCUGUACUAUUUCAACAGAGAAGACGACGCCCUAUCUACUCAGCAAAAGGACAAAUUAAGCCACAGUCUUGCAGUGAAUUCUUCAGACGGAAACCUGCAAGCUUUACCUCGGGAUCAGUUCAGAGAAAAGGUCAAAAUCAUAAUGUCUGAACAACUCGACUCCUUGCCUAGUAAAAUGGAACUAUUAUACGUGAAGUCAAAAACCUAUAUUCACCCCACGACGUCGAAGAGAGAUAAUAUUCCAGGCUUUUUGUCCCUCAGUAAACCUGAAGCGCCGAAUGUAACAAAUAAGGACAUUUUGUUAAGUUUCACGCCAGAGCACAUGCUUUCCAAAGAAGAACUGGAAGUCUACAGAUCUGUUGAAUUAAAUACCGACAUCUUCGAGGGUGAAGGUCAAUUGUCUGAUGGCGUAAGUUCGAGAAAUACGUCGACAAAGGUUUCAUCAACCCCACAUCCAGUCAGGAAACCAUUGGUAUCGGUGGAUUAUCCGGCUGGGUUCUGCAUCAAUCUCUUCCAAAUUUACCUGAUUCAAUUUCGAACCCCCUCUUUGGGUUGGUGGUACGGGUCUAUCAUCAUUCACAGUAAGUCAAAAGAUAAAUUUCCCAUAAUUUUCUUCCAUGAUGACGAGUCUCCACUGACUAUUAGGAGACAGAAAUUAAAAAAUCAGUCUUUUGAUCCUUUUGGAGAAGAUGGAUCCAUAUACUGGGGGGGUCAAGAUUUUCUUGGUACAAUUCAGCAAAUUAUUUCAGUCGACAGGUCGACGGUAGAGCCAUCAGUUUACUUAAUUGACCCUUCAUCAGAAGACUUAACUAAUUUCUCACCCUUUGGUCAGAAUCACAAUGUGGGUCAGCAGGACACAAAAUCAAAAGACUCACCUUACAAAUUGCCUGAUAUCAAUAAAAUGAUCGCCACUGCAAAAUGGAAAGUAUUGGAAACGGUGGCUACAUUCGGACUGCGGACCAAAAACCACGUCGUUGAUUUGAUUGACGAUCGCGUGCCAGAGGGAGUUUUGAAACUGAUUCUCAACAAACCCGAAGUGCAACACAUAAGCAACGAUUUUGACAGUGCUCGUGUUUAUUUGGCAAAGUGGGCUGCACAAGUGAAGGAAGAAGCCGAGCAAUCCCAACGGAAAUUUAUGCUAGAGGAUGCCGUUUAUGCUCGAAUAAAUAGCGAGCUAGGCGACGAUAGCCAUCUUUUGACUCCUUUAGAAAUCAGCAAUGCUCUGCGGAGAAAGAGGAUCAGUCUAGUGGAGUGGAACGGCUUUUUUGAUCAUGAAGGAAGACUAAUUCUUACCACUGAAGAGGUGAAGGAAAGGAUCUUUCAUGGAGGGUUAGAGAAUGAAGCAAGGAAGGAAGCGUGGCCUUUUUUGCUCGGAGUGUAUGCGUGGGAUUCCUCGAAGCAAGAUCGUGAAGCUACAAAGCAAAGCCUUCAAUACAGCUACUGUGACUUCAAAAGGAGAUGGUCUGAAGAUGAUGCAAAGCGUAACUCUGAUUUUUGGAGGGAUCAAAAGGUCCGAAUUGAGAAGGACAUUCAUAGGAAUGAUCGUCAUUUGGAAAUUUUCAAAGAUCAUAAGAAGGUCUCUUCCACGGCACCACUGAGCCGUUCAUCCCAAAAUUCUUCUCCUGAAACCCCAAAUGAGGACACAAGUUGGGAUUUGGCGAAUAUCGAAAAUGUUAAUUUGUUCAGAAUGAGAGAAAUUUUGUUGACCUUCAAUGAAUAUAACACAAAAUUGGGUUAUGUUCAGGGUAUGACGGAUUUACUCUCCCCCAUUUAUGUUGUCUUCCAGGAUGAAGUAGUGACAUUUUGGGCAUUCGCAGGAUUCAUGGAGAGGAUGGAGCGAAAUUUUGUACGUGACCAAAGUGGGAUGAAAAAGCAAAUGCUUGUUCUUAACGAGCUUGUUCAAUUUAUGCUCCCUAAUUUAUUCCAUCACUUGGAAAAAUGUGAGUCUACGGACCUCUUCUUCUUUUUUCGAAUGUUGUUAGUAUGGUACAAGCGCGAGUUCGAAUGGGAAGACGUGAAUACUCUUUGGGAGGUUUUUUGGACAGACAUGUAUUCAAGCCAAUAUCAACUCUUUUUGGCAUUGGCGGUGCUCAGUGAUAACGAGAGAAUCAUGAAACAGAAUUUGCAAAGGUUUGAUGAGGUCUUAAAAUACAUGAAUGAUCUUCUGGGCAGAAUGAAUCUUCACGAUUUGUUGGUGCGCGCAGAGCUUUUAUUCUUGCGUUUUAGGAGAAUGGUUGAUCUCAUUGAUCGAGAGACUGGAAAUCCUGAAAGCUUUGAGAGCACUCAAGUCGUUAAGAUUAACCCAGAUUUACGUCAACUCCUCUCUCGGAAGACAGUAGUGCAAAAAGAGGUUGAACGUCCGGAAGGUACAGGAGGAGGGUGAAAAUACUACAGGAAACAUGAUUGUCUUUAUAAAUAAGCCUAAGUCCAUUUAAACCAUUCUUUUUUCCAACUUUGAUGUAUAACCAAGUGGUCCCUUUCUUGUGGUCCCGCGUGGGGCUUAAUUUAAUUAAUUUAGCGAAUUGUUGUGAAAAGUCACGCACGUAUUUAAAAGCUUUUCAAAAGCCCAUUGAAUCACUGUUCCUCGUUUCAAAAGAAUUAAACAGAACAAAAAAUAGUAAU